CAAAGAACAAUGAGUGAAAAAUAUUUGCCCUCACACAACAGAAAAGACAAUUUCUACUUGUGGAAUUGGUGUGCAAUACCAAGUCUGACCACAAAUUCUGAGCAUUAGCCUGGUAACCUUUACAGUAUUUAUCUUUUUGUUAUCAGUAGAUGAUAAAAUGAAGACACUUUUUGAACAUCACUGCUGAGUGACACGUAGCCCACCUCACAGAUGUGCAGGGGCUGCCCUUGGAGAUUCCUCUGUACAAACAAGAUGAGUCAAAUCCUGAUCCCACCCCUCCUUCCAUCCGCCGUGCUGCCUCCCCCCUUCCACCCCCACACAUUUUCACACCAAUGAGCAUGCCGCCUGUAGCUCCCACUCACUGGCAUCAGCAACAGCAGACAACCUUCAAUGCUGUGCAGAUUCAUAAAAACAGAGUGUGUGUAGACGGAGACGGCAUUUGUGCCAAAUAAAACGACUGUCAUCAAAAGGAGGAAGACCAAGAGUCCAGCUUCAUCUGCAUCCUGCAGACCUAAGCAUCAUCUGAACCAUGAAGACCAGGCUAGGCUGUCUGUCCAAGCAGUCAGACUCCUACAGUGACUUCUCUGAGUUUCUCCCACCUGCACGAGAAACUACAGCCAGGUGUCUGAAGCUGUCGACGGACGAGGUGGUCCGGUGGUCGGAGUCGUUUGAUCAACUUCUGUCCCAUAAAUGUGGUCUCGCCGCCUUCAGGACUUUUCUGAAGACGGAGUUCAGUGAUGAGAACAUUGAGUUUUGGAUGGCCUGCGAGGAGUACAAAAAAGUCAAGAGCUGCACGAAAAUGAUGUCGAAGGCUAAUAAGAUCUUCAAAGAGUUCAUUGAUGUUCAAGCCCCUAGAGAGGUCAACAUUGACUACCGCACCAGAGAGAAGAUCAAGCAGAGCCUGGAGGAGCCAUCUUCAAGCACUCUUGAUGAAGUCCAGGCUCAGGUCUACAGCCUCAUGGAGAAAGACUCCUACCCACGAUUCCUCAGGUCCAAGAUGUACCAGGAGAUAGUCAACAGGGUGCAUGCACAUAGUCAGCGAAGGUCCAUUUGACUGGUGGGGAGUUGACACUGAGCUUUAACUGGACCUGAGCUUUGACCCUGUGAUGUCAUCAUCAUUGUCACCAUCACCUAAAUUUAAAACUGUGAAUCUGCAUGGAAGGAGUGAGAUGUUUGUACACAGAUUUGAUUGACGCCUGCUCCAUGCAUGCACCCCCCGUACCCCCAUGCCCCAUGUCAUAUAUGAUGUGUCUCAGUUUUUAUCUUUUGUGGAUUUUAUUGGGGAAAGAAAUCCAACAUGCAACAACCAAAAACCUGUUUGUAAGAAUGGCGAAUGCAAUGACAAAUAUAUAAGUUUAAAUUAAAAAAAAAAUCAUUAGAAUAAAAACCAUCAGUGGUGAAUUUAUGUCUCUGGAAAACCAUGUUUUUUGUGUUUAAUGAAUUUUAGAGAUAUGGUUCAGUAUCAGGGUCCAGUCCUACCUCCUUCACACCUCCAUUCUGUGUGACUUAAACACUGACAUAUGCCGGUAAAACCAGCUGUUGUGGUAUUUCUCUUGAUAAUAUACCUCCAUAUGAGUUACUACAGUACAGAGUACAUGUUUAAGACUGUACUUUGCACUGGUGUAUGUUAACGUCAGUACAUCUAUGCUAUAAGCUCUCUCCACAUUUGCACUGCUUUCUAACAAAAAGCUGAUUUUUUUUUAAAUAUAGGCAAAUGUUUACAACUGUGUGCAUGUCUACUGUUUGAAUUUGAAAGAAAAAAAAACAAAAUCCUGUAUUGUAUGUUUCAUAACUCACAUGCAUAUAUAAAAUAUCCCCUCCUAUAUUUUGCAAAUAAAAUCUAUCCCUAAAUUAAUUGUUAUCCUCUACUUGACUUCUUAUCAUUAAAUCUAUAAAAUGCAUUCAUCCCUGGAUUUGGGGAAAUGUUGGCCUUAAUUCCAUUCAAAGCUUCAACUGUUUUCACGUAAAUCUUUCAUGAUGUAGAUUUGUGGGGAAAAAAAUAGUUGUCUGUCCUAUUUUUUCCAAAAACUGAACGAGGCUAACACAUUGAUCUCCAGGAGUUUGUUCAAUAAUUAAAACUAUAAUAGACAUAAAAUUGUCUUUUACAGUAAAAUAAAAU